AUGGAACGUCACGAAGCCAUAUCAUACAACUCCUCAACGGAAGUCUACCAAUUUUCCAACAUUCGUUAUGCCCAGCCUCCUGUCGGAGACUUGCGUUUCAGGGCUCCUCGACCUCCACUGACGAACCGAAACGAGAUCCAAAAUGGCUCACAGCCGAGAACCUGCCCCCAAGGAGUUGCUGGAUGGCAAGCCAGAGCAUUCGGGCCAAUUGGUGCCUUUACCAACGGGAAGCCAUUUACUCUCGAAGCCUGGGAACAGGCGAUCCAGAAUUCUUCCAUUCCCCCGAUCGAUUUCAACAAGGCUAGUUCAGAAGAUUGCCUCUUUCUCGAUGUCCACGUCCCUAAGAAAAUCUUCAAGAGCAAGUGUGGUGCUCCUGUACUUGUCUGGAUUCAUGGCGGAGGAUACGCAUUUGGUUCCAAAAACGGCUCUCCGACCCCAGGUUUUGUCCCUUCUGGGCUUCUUGAGCAUGCUAAAGAAUUCAGCGACAAGGGCAUGAUUUUCGUUGCUCUCAACUAUCGACUUGGCGCUCUGGGCUUCCUUUCUGGGCAAGAGGUUCAGCAAGAUGGAGACUUGAAUGUAGGUCUACUAGACCAGCGACUUGCUUUACAAUGGGUGCAAGAUAACAUCCAUCUCUUUGGUGGCUCAAAGGACAAAGUCACCGUCAUGGGUGAAUCCGCUGGUGGAGGCUCUGUCCUUCUCCAUAUGACAGGCCCCUCCAACAGCACAAACAUCAAAGCCCCGUUCGCACAAGCCAUUGUUCAGUCUCCAGCUCUGGUUUCAAACCUUCAAGUUCCAGAGUCUGGAUAUGCCGACUUCCUUUCUCAGCUGAACGUCUCAUCUUUGUCAGAUGCGCGUAAACUUUCCUCGGAGGCUAUCAUCCGCGGCAACGCGGAUCAUCUUGCAUCUGCACCAGACACGACCUACAUUCACACCCCGGUACGAGAUUCGAAGACAGCGCCCGAUACUCUCUACCGAUCAUUCAAAAAUGGAGCGUUCGAUAAGUCUGUCCGGUUGUUGGCUGCCCAUAACAGCUUCGAGGGAAGUUUCUUCUUUGACCCGAAGGUAAAGUCUGAGGAGCAGCUUGAUUCCUGGAUACAGAACUCGCUUCCUGGCUACACCAAGAAUGACCGAGAACACCUGGUUAAAGAUCUCUAUCCUUUCAACCUCAGCCUGGGAGAUGUUGCCCAAGGCUCAAGCCAAAGGGCCAUUUGGGGCGACGCUAUCUUUGACUGCGCGUUCCUUACCGCCCAUGAAGCUUUUGGAGGAAAUAGCUACGCAUACUUGUUUGAUGUUUCGCCAGGAUUCCACACUCAAGACUUGAAGUAUACCUUCAACGACCCUGCCACUCCGGCUUUUCGACCAAUUGCACAGGACAUUUUGCAGCGAGCUAUUGCUAGCUUUACGAUAAACGGAGAGCCAGUAACGAAAUCGAACGGAAUCUAUGAGACCUUUCCCACUUGGGGAAGUGGGAAAUCACUGGUCAGGAUUAACGGGGAUGGCUUCUCGGUCGGAACAAGUGUGGUCAACGAGACUCGCUGCGCGUGGUGGCAGUCAGGCUACGAGUCUGCGAGA